AUGCAUUGUCUUCGGAAUCGAAUAUCUGAGGAGCUGGACCUUUCAUAUUUGACCGACAAGUUAAUGAAAGGGAAAGGGCAGCCCCAUAUUCUCACUCCUAAUGAAAAAGUUGAGCUGUGGGAGAGGCUCAAGAUAUUAAGUACGCCUAUCUUUAUAUUUUUUGCUUCAAAUGUACUCGUUGUAAAUGAUAAGACUUUCGAUAUCUCGAGAUUUUUUUCUCAUGUUGCGAUUUUUUUAAUCCAUAUUGAGCCUUCUAUUAGUCAUAUGUUUUUUUGAGAACAACAUGCUUUUCCUUCGUAAAUGAGAGCUAUUGUCAUUAAUAGUGGUAAUCUUGUUCUGUCUCUCAUAUAACUUUCUCAAUGCCUUCUUGUGUAGGUUUUACAAGAACAGCAUCGUCAUUGUGGGCAAUGACUAUGCUCUGCUUGUUUGUAAGGGUUCAGGUUAACAUUUUAGGAAGGCAUUUGUACUUUGAGACCGCUCGUCUCUUUGGAAGUUCUCAAUCAUCAGUAAGAACGUUUGUAAUCUCUGAUGUUCUUUUUAUUGAGCUUAUCCAUUGGUUAUUAAUUUCAAACUUGAUGUGAUCACAUGCUCUGUCCUUGUUUAUUUCUUAAUGUAAAAUGAAGUUUCCAAUUGAAAUAAGUUAUUUUUUUUUAGUUUCCCUUUUAUGUGACAUGGUUUUCUGUUUAAUUUAGCAAUGGUUGCUACUAUUACAUUUUUAAUUAUGAUUUCAGAUUGUCAUUGAUCCAAAACAGUGUUUGCCCAGCUCUCAAGCUUCUUAUGUAAAGGUGCCUCUCACAGUACCCAACAUUGUCCGAAAUUUUUACAAUAGCGUAUUCCCUUAUAAAAAUAAUUUUGAUCCCCAGUUGAUUUGUAAAGUCAAUAACAUAUUUAAGUGAUAACUUGAUUUAGUCGGUACCACUAAAGUGAAGCAGAUUCAAUAUGUGAACUGUCAAGAUUGUUGUCAUUCAAACAAAUUUGAAACUAUUGGGUUACUGAAAUAUUAGCUUAUGCUUUGAAAAGCCCUUACACAUAUUGUCCCAUGUUUAAACUGCUCAUUGACAUAGAGGACCAUAGGAGGUUAUGAAUAUUUGACUUAAAAAUGUUCAGAAUGGAUGUUGAAGAUCGAGGGCAUGCUACUGUAUUGUUCAAUGAUGUAGGCCAUGUCUAGUGGACACUAGUGUGGAUGGAAGUUUCUAAUUAUGUAUCUUUUUUAAAGAAAAUAGCAAAUGGGAGUACAUCCAAGCUUGGUGUCUCUAAAUAUAUUAGAAAUGGCUCACUUCAAUUUAUUUUGCAUGAAGUAAUAGUACCGGGUGUGUGCUUUUUAAGGUCAGCAUUUCCAUCAACUGUGUUUCUGACUUAACUUAAACUUACCAAUCGGACAUGUAUCCAAGUUAUUAGUGCUGAUGUCGACAUUGGCAAAAUUGUUGAUGUUUCCCAUUGUAUGUACUCCCUUAAAUAGCGUAUGAUUCAGAUUCUUUUUGAUAUAGCAGGAGACCUUUGUGACAAGGAAAGAGGUCUAACUCCGAUUUUAACUUCUCUUGCUUUAAAAGCUAAGCUUAUCCUCUCCUUGGUUAAGAGGUUGAUAUUAUCCAUGGAAGAUAUUCUUGUUUUACCAUCCUCAUACAAAGAUUGCCUACUAUGUAUGUUUUGGAACGAUAGUUUCUAGUAGUCUAUUUCUACUUGGUUGUUUUUCUUAUCUGACUUGAGCUUGGUUGUUUUUCUAGGCUUCUUGUAUGCUUUCUUUCUUGAAAGUCGUGACACCUCUGCAUAGUUAUCCAUCUGUAUGGUGACCGGUUGUUGGAUUGGUUUUUCAAACAUGUCUGUAAUUGGUAUCUCAAUGUCAAAGAGAGUGGUUUUUCAUCUGUCAGUUGCUUAAGUCAUGCCUAUUUCUCUUGUCACUCUGCUUGUUAAUCUUAAGUAAAUUUUGAUGUCAAUUGAUUGAUGUGUCCAUUGGUAUUGAAAAAAGAAAGUAUGACUCGCAAUGUGAAUUUGUUAUAAACUUCAACCUGCAUUUGCUUUUGGAGUAUAACUUAAGUGAACAUACUCUUGUGCUGAUAGUUUUGUGAGUAUUUGUUGGCGGGUAUGGUCAGUAGACUGUUGGAUAGGUGGGUCUUGCUUUAAUGGGGUUUGUACAAAAUCCCAAGCUAAGCCUCCAUUCUGUUUCAGGUAUUUUUACAUGACCAAAGAAGGAUAUUUUCAGUGAGAUUGGGUUUCAUACAAUGAUCUAAAUGCUGGCAACAAAUGCUACUCCAUUGGUCCUUGGUGAAAAAAAGUGUUUGAAAGAUAACAUUGGAACAUUCGUUUUCAUUCAAAUCUCAGUGACCACACUUCUUUAAUGCUUAAAAUGCUCUGUUUGAGAGGCAUAAGUUAGGACUUGGAGCCCAUUGGAUCCACGACAUAGUUUUUACCCUUAUUACGCCUCAAUUAUUUCGUAAACCACACUUUAAGAGACAACUCUGACUUGACACUCGAUUAUCCCACGAGCAUCAAGCUCCUUCAUGAAGUAGCUUGCUCAACAGUGACCAUUUUUUAAAUCGCACAGAAUAUUGCUCAAUAGUUGCAGUAGAUUGAUCAUCAAACUUGUUGGCGUAAAAAUCAGAGGGAUGAUUAAUCACUUCAGGCAUUCUCAUGUGGUGGAAACGUGUCAAUACACAGAUUCUAAACCAUGUGUGCAUCUUGCAUUUGGAUGCUCUAGACAUUAAGUGGUUACUCGUUUUGAAUAGUGGAUCACAAAAAGUGAGGAUUAUUAUAGAGGAUCUUGUAUGAGAGAAUAACUGUGUGAUUGUCCAGUUAUAUUUAUUUAUGGAUAAUGUUCACGUUUUUAUCAGCUUGGGGGAAGUGGCUAAUUUAUUUACAUUCUAAUGAGGCUCCUGCUAUCGGACGAACUUGCAUAUUGUUUCAAGGUAGACCCCAUCUGCUGAAAAGGUGAUCAGUUUUGUUGAUGAGAUGGAGAGUGAGGUGGUGAGGCUUCUUUUUGAUGAGAAGGACAUGAAUGUCCUUUUUGAUUUUCGCCUAUGGUCCUGAUGUCAGUGAAUUACUUUUUUUCCAUCCUUGUCAAAUAGAAAAUAAUCUUUGCCGGUUGGGUUCUAUCUAGGCCAUAAUAAUGCUUGGUUCAAAUAGAAUUCUAGCCCGGCUGGGCUUAUUUUCUGUUUGGAAACAUUAGUGUGGAGAAAAUUGGCUCAUUGUUACCUAGACCAUAUUGAGGUAGAAACCUGUGACCUGUUUGUCUUUAUCCUCCCCGUCUUGGUUAGGUGGAUGCAAAGUGCUUGGCCUGGGUAUGUAGUAGUUUGGAAGGAUACGGUUGGGGGUUUCUCCCUGGGCAGUGUCUGGGGCCUUGUUGUACAUGCCUGUGCUCUCAGUUUGCACUAGGCACAAUGUGGGCUCAGCCCAGACUGUAGACACCUCUCGUUUCAGGUCUGUGGCCCUUUUAUUUUCUGUUUGCGCCCCUCUCUUAUAAACAAUGAUGAUAUUUCCCGUUUUAUUUUUUCACUGCUCUAGAUUGCAGUUCAAAGUUAGUUUUUAUGCAGAUGACCUUCUUGUCCUUCACUUUUUGGCAUUUCUUUUCUCAUAAAAUUUCUUAUCUUCUUGAGGAGAUUCUUUGCUCGUUUCUCCACAUAUUACUUGAAAUGCUAAAUUAUUGAUAUUUAGAUAUUCUGGUGACAUAUGUUUGAAUCUUUGCUAAUUUGUCUUUAAUGUUCUUAGUUUACAGAGUUGUGGUUGAAUCAGAACAUUUUAAUUUCUGUCUUGCAGGAUCAAGGGAAGCCAUUAGAUAGACAUGGUGAAGAAGAAUUUCUGUCGGCAGCUGAUUAUCUAUGUAAUUGUGGCAUUAGCGCAUUGAUAGUGAAAAUGCAGAAUGCGGUAACUGAAGUUAUGAAAGAGUGAGUGAACUCAUUUAUGAAAUUCGUAUCCAUUUUCACUGAGAAUUCUAGGGGAACUGUUCUUGGUGUUUAGCAGGACCAUUCCUCCCCAUAUUCAUUUUCUGUUAAUAAUACGAUUUUUUUAACUGCAGAAAUAAUAUUUUUAAUUUAAAAUUUUUUAAUCGAUGUAAUAAAUUAUUUCCUAUUAAUUUUCACUGGCAGUAAACAGCUGAGAAGUCCCUUCAACGUGGACCAAUUACAUGGAACGAUGUUGCAGAUAUUAAAUCUAUUUAUGAAAUUGGAGGCACCAGAUUCUUGGCUGGCAUGCUUGAUACCUGACAAUGCCUCUCAGUAUCAACAGCUGGCGGUCAUUUCUUCCAAUGGCUCUGAUGAUCCUCUAGUGUUCAUGGAUGUUUUGAAGCUUGAGCAGCUGAUGAAAGAGACCCGUGAUGUGAUGUCAAGGUAUGUAGUUUUUUCCUUACAUCGGUAGCUCAAAGUUCCUUUGCUUGUGUGCAGUGUUUUUUUAUAUUGAGACGCUUGAUGUUUCAUACCUAAUUAUCGGAUAUUCUGUUUCUCGACCAAUUAAGAUUCUUUUCUCAAAAUGAGUAUACCUUUAUGUAUUGAGAAAUUUUAGAGCCUAGUCUUUAAUGCUGUUCAAGUCGUUUCCCUUUCAGUUUGAACAUUUUUUUCUUUUUCUUUUGGUUAUAUGUUUCUUACCACUGGGCAAUAUUUUUUACAGUUCUGACUUUAGAGACAUCAUGGAAAUAUCACUGAGAAGGGUCCUGGAUCACUUAGUUGAGGACAUUGGUGUGCAUGUUGGUGGUCCUGAUACUGGAGUUCCGUUAGCAAAGCUAUUGCCUCGUGUUGUUCACGUUAGUCCAUCACUGCUGGAGGACCCAAGCACCAACAAGUUUGUUCAGAUGAUCAGAGCUUUGCCGGAGGUUGAAUUGUUCUUCAAGCUCCUAUAUGCCAACACAGCUCAGGCUUAA